AUGAUUGAAGAAACUUGGGAUGAUGAUGAAACACCUAAAACAUUUCAACAGCCACCAAUAGUACAAAAAUUAGGUAUUGGACGUGGAAAACUAUCAUUUCCAUCGAAUAAUGAUAAUGAACCUGCACCAACAUCUAAAUGGAACAGUGGCGGUAGCGCCACUGCCACUGCCACUAGUACAAUAGGUAGUUUCAGUAGUUUUCGUAACAGUAACAUUGAAAAUAGUAAACCGAAUGAUGAUGGAAACUUUGGCUCUCGCAAUACUGGUAAUAGUUUUGGAGCUCGCAACGGACAAAGUGGAUUCAAUAAUGGGAGUAGUGGAGGAUUUCGAAGUGGUAAUGAAGGAAAUUCUCGUGCGUGUUACAAUUGUAAGGAAACUGGUCAUAUGAGUCGCGAUUGUCCAGAACCACGAAAAGAUACUCGUGGUGGCCGUGGCGAUUUCAAUUCAGGUGAUGGUGGUGAUCGUAAGCCCAGCUUCAGAUCAUCUGAUAAUGGUGCAAAUACAUUUCGUAAUACGAGAAAUCAAAAUGAUAAUAAUGAUUCGAAACCAAACUUUACUGGAUGGCGAGGAGGUGCAGAAAAUAACGAUUCAGACGAUGCUCCUAAACGUUCAACAUUUGACAAUAAUUCAUCUACGCGAGGUGGCUUUACUAGUGCUAGUGGAUCUCGAGGUGGCCGAGGAGGCUUCACUGGCGGUGGUGACCGAGGAGGAUUUAAUAGUGGUGGUGAUCGAGCAGGAUUUAGUAGUGGUGGUGAUCGAGGAGGAUUUAGUAGUGGUGGUGAUCGAGGAGGAUUCACUAGUGGUGGUCGAGGAGGAUUUAGUAGUGGCGGCGAUCGAGGAGGAUUCACUAGCGGUGGUAGAGGAGGCUUCAAUGGUGGUGACCGAGACAAUCGAAAUAAUGGAAUGUUUUCACCUAUUGCUGUUUUUUUAAAUAGUAAUCAACCAGGUCAUCAAUCUCGUGACUGUCCUGAACCAAAAAAGAGUCGUGAAGGUGGUGGCGGUGGUGGUACAUUCUUUGGUGGGGGACGAAAAAAUGAUAAAGUAUCUGAUGAUAUUUUUGAUCAACCUGGUAAUCGUGACGGUGGAAAUCCUGUUGAACGAUAUGUUCCACCGCCUGCUCCAACUAGUGAGGCUGAUAUAUUCGGUGAAGCAGUUAGUAAAGGUGAAAAUUUUGGUAAAUAUAAUCGAACACAAGUACGAUGUACACCGGAAGGCAAAGUAAAACCUAUUGAAUUGUAUGAAGAAGCAAAUCUUGGUACACAAGUUCUAUCCAAUAUUCGUCGUGCUCAUUUUGAUGAGCCGACAACAAUUCAAAAAUAUGCAAUACCAUGCACUCGACAACAAGAUGAUUUAAUGGCAUGUGCACAAACUGGUUCGGGUAAAACGGCGGCUUUUCUUUUGCCUAUUAUUUCAAAUUUACUUGAAUAUCAUGCGGAUGAAUUAUCUGAAAAUCAUCAUCCACCAGCACCUCUUUGUCUUGUUAUUUCGCCAACACGUGAACUUGCAUUACAAACAGAACGUGAAGCAAGAAAAUUUGCUUAUCAAACUGCUAUUAAACCAUGCUCUGCUGUUGGUGGUCUUGAUAUGUUUACUGUUACGGAUCGUCUCCGUGAAGGUUGCCAUAUAUUAUCAGCAACAACUGGUCGUCUUAAGGAUAUGGUUGAAAAAGGCCGAAUUUCAUUAAAAAAGGUUAAAUAUUUUGUUCUUGAUGAAGCUGAUAGAAUGCUAGAUACUGGUUUUGAACCUGAUAUUCGUAAAUUAGAAGAUCUUGGUUUACCACAAAAAGGUGAACGUAUUACACUAAUGUUUUCUGCAACAUUUCCUGAUGAAGUUCAACGACUUGCUAAACAUUUUCUUCGUGAUGAUUAUGUUUUUCUUGCUGUUGGCAUACUCGGUGGUGCUAAUGAAGAUAUUUCACAAACUAUUGAACUUGUACAACAAGCCAAUAAAAAAGAUCGACUCUUCGAAUUACUUGAAGCAAAUCUUAAAUCUGAGCGAUGUUUGAUUUUUGUUGAAACUAAGCGAUCAGCUGAUUAUAUUGGUGCUUUACUUUCACAACGAAAUUUUAUGAGUACAACAAUGCAUGGUGAUCGAACACAACGACAACGUGUAGAAGCUGUACAACAAUUUACUACUGGAAAAUGUCCUAUACUUGUUGCAACAUCAGUUGCCGCACGAGGCUUAGAUUUUCCACUUAUUGGUUAUGUAAUUAAUUAUGAUUUACCAGAUUCAAGUGAUUUUUACAUUCAUCGUAUUGGUCGAACAGGUCGUGCUGGUCAUUUGGGUAAAUCAAUUUCAUUUUUUGAUCCAGAUCGAGAAUCUGAUCGAACUAUUGCACCAGAACUUACACUAAAAUUAAGCGAAGCUGGUCAAGAAGUACCUGAAUUUCUCAAGAAAUAUUCUGAAAGUGGCUCAGCAUUUAAUCGUGGUGCUUUAUCCGCGAAAAAUACAGAUAUGCGUUCCGGUGGAUUUACUCACGCUCAAAGUGUAGCUCCAAGUGGUGGUACUGCAUCGGCAGGUGGAGCUGAAGAUUGGGAUUAA